AUGGGCCUCGACAUCAAGAGCGUGAUCCAGCAGAAGACGCGCUGGGUGGCGUCCAAGUUAUCGCUCCGGAAGCUCCGGUCCAAGAGGCGAUCGCGCCAGGCCAUGGAGACGACGGCGCUGCGGCCCGUUGCGCUCGCGGGCGCCAGCAGGGGCUUCGUCGGGUCUUCGACCCAGUGCAACCACUUUGCUCGCACACCGUCCGGGGCGCAACACGAACAGUGGACGGACAGCUCCGGCGGUGGCAGCGCAUGCGCCGGGUGGCAGGUCUGCCGCAUGUGCCAGCGCAAGUUCUCGCCGCUGAGUCUCAGUCGCCAGUACGCCGACUUCUGCUCGCUCGACUGCAAGUCCGCCUUCAUGCUCGGUCGCGGCAGUGCGUAG